AUGACUAACUCGGGGCCUAUUAUUACUUCAAAACAUCUUGAAACAUUAAAGAAAUACUUAGAAAAAGAUACUAUCGAGAGAGGCUACGUUUACUAUCAUCAAAAAGUAAAUAUUGAGUUAGAUAUAGUUGACCAGUUUAUAAAGGGUUAUACUGAAAUUCAUCUUAAACCAAUUCGAUUUGAUAUCCAUGAGAUAAAACUUAAUUGUCGUCAAUGUGGUGAAAUUAUUAUUCAAAUUCCAGAUGAAAUGUUGAAUAUUCCCAUAUUAGAUGAGGACGGUGAAUGGAUUCCUAUAAUUGUAAAUGUUGAUUUUACACUAGAAAAACCCAAAUCUGGUAUUUAUUUCAAACAACCAGAUUCAAAUAUUCCAAAUAAACCUAAUGAAUUUUAUGAACCAAAUGCAAAUAUUGAAAAUUUCGAUAGAAUGAUGGUAGUUACCAGCGGAAAUUUAUUAGAGAUUAUUGAAUCACCUAAUAAUCACCAUAAUAAGAGAUUGUUUCAUUAUAGGCUGCCUGUGCCAAUUCAAGCUCAACAUAUUGGAUUAGUUUGUGGACCUUUUCGUUCUCCUUACAUUUUACAUUAUCCAGGUGAAGACGAUCUACCAGAAAAUAGACCACUUAUUACUGCUUAUUUCUCUUCAAGAUGGGAAGAAUGGAUUAGACCGACACUUUAUCCUAAUCAGGAGGGUGCUGAUACUUUUUGGAUACAUUGGGCAUUUGAUUAUUUUAUCGAAGGGUAUUCUCACUUUAAGAUCCAUCCCGAGUUUGACAAACGAAACCCAAAAGUUAAACCUGGAAAAUUUCCAUUCAAUUGUUUUCAUAUAGUAUUUGUUGAAAAUGCUUAUAAUGAUAUUACAGUAUGUGCUGGGAUGGUAAUAUGUCGUACAAGUUUAUUAUAUAAUGAGCAUAUAAUAGAACAAGUAUUUGUCACGAGGCGUCUUUUAAUAAAUGCAAUAGCUCAGCAAUGGUUUGGAAUUUUUAUUCCUCCUCAUUCAUGGCGUGACUUUUGGCUUGCAAUCGGUUUAUCAAAUUAUUUUACAACCAUGUAUCUUGAAAAAAUAUUUGGCGAACAAGAAAUUCAAUUAUCACGCAAACUUACACCAAUUGAAACAAGAGAACUGGAGUUUCUAAAUUUAAAAGCUCCACUUGUUCUUUGGAUGCUUAACAAUAGAUUGCCAUUUUUUGAUUAUCAUCGUGGAAUACUUGGAAUUAUUUAUUUGAUAUUGAACCGUGCUAAGGAAACAUCCUACCAUAACUUUAGACCUGGUUAUCUGGAAACCAAAGAAUUUUUCAAUUUGUGUAAAGAUGUUAUUCGCCAAGAACUCCGUGAUGAAAUCAAACAAUUUAAAAAACAAUGGAUAUACGGGUCUGGUUGUCCUAUUUUUAAAAUCAAUGCUAAUUUCAACAGGAAAAAGAUGACGGUUGAAUUUAAAUUUGUACAACAAAAUUCGAAUUUAGUUCAUUCUGAUUUGGAAAAGAAAAAAUCAAAUGAUAAAAAAUUAACAACUACACAUGCCGAUGAUCACAAAAAGCAUACUUCCUUAUUCACUGGACAGAUGGAUAUUGCUAUUAAUGAACCCGAUGGUGUAGAAUAUAUUCAUACUAUCUAUAUUCGAGAGAAGACUGAAACAUUUUCACUUCCAUAUCAUACCAAAUAUAAACGGUCCAAGAUAACUCUUAAACCUAGAUUUGUAAGGAAAAGAGGAACAUUUGAUUCCUAUGUUCCGCUCGAAUUAAUAGAAGAACAAUCUAGAAUUUAUCCUGUUCUUUGGGGAAUGGAUCCAGAAUUUAAUGAAAGAGAUGAAUGGAAAAUUAUUGAAUGGGCUGAUCCGUCUCGUCAACAGAGCACUAGUGAUCAUUGGGAUUGGAUACUUAUUGAUCGUGCUUUUAGUUGGAUUGGCAAAUUCGAUUUUGAACAGCCCGAUUACAUGUGGGCUUCUCAACUAGAAUCAGAAGGCUCUGUUGCAGCACAAUACGAAAUACGGAGCGAGUUCAAUAGAAAGGGUAGUUUGUCAUUUUAUCGAUUUCGAGUUAAUGUCGUAUCUGUGAUAUUUUCUUUUAAAGUUUAUAAUAACACUACAUUGGAAAAAAGUCCUUCGGCUGCAUGCUCUACAACGUUAUUAAGAACAUUACGAGAUUGGAGGUAUCAUUACAGAUGUCGUACGAGUGCCGCAAUGGCAAUGGCAAAAUGCGCAACAAAUGAACUUAAUUAUAUAGGUUUACAUCAAUUACUGAAAACUUACGAAUAUGAUUAUUGUGAACGCGUGGAUGAUCAAAUCAUACCGAAAACGAAUAAUUUUUCGGAUUGGGAGGAGUAUUUUGUCCAGAAGUCGAUUCCAAUUGCUCUUUCAAAUAUAAGACAAACAGGUGGUGUUACUCCAGUUGAUGUAAAAGAAACUUUAGUUGAUAUGUUAAAUUGGAACGAUAAUUCAGAGAAUCCGUAUGCCGAUGAUUAUCUUGUGGCAGCGUAUAUAGAAUCACUAGGAUAUUCAUUCGUGCAAUUUGAAGAAGAGUCUGAUCAAGGUGUUGAAAUUUUCGAUUUAGCAGGUGAUUCUAAUGCUUAUUUAAAAGAAACGUUGGAAAUUCUUAAUAGAUACAAAUUUCGUAAUGAUUUAUUCAAUUCGUAUCACUCAGUUAUACUAUCAUCAAUUAUAAUGGCAAAAGCAAGAUUGAUGAUGAGCCAAGUGAUCAAUGUUGAUGGAAAAGAACUUUUGGUUUAUACAAUAUAUGAUAAUUAUAUAAAUGUUCGAAUAACAGCGCUAAAAGCAAUCAUUGAUUUAGAACUUCACAAGAAACCAGAGGUAAUGUCAUAUAUUAAUCAACUUAUUGAAACUGAUCCUGAUCUUGGUGUUAGGAAAUUUCUACAAUAUAAAUUUGGAUCAGAUUUUGGACCAUAUUGUUGGGAUCUUCCGAUCAAAAAAAGAACAUAUCCAUUGCUAAAAAUAAAGUUAUAA